CGGGGCGGAGCGCGGAGCAAAGGUUGCUUCAUAGCCCGGGCCCUUCUCCAGAGCUCGGCGGCAUCAUGACGGUGGGCGCCCGGCUCCGAAGCAAGGCGGCGAGCAGCUUGGUGGGCCGAGGGCCCCUGGGGCGAUCGCGCCGCGCCGGUGACGAGGAGACAGAUGCCAUCGUGGAGCACCUGGAGGGCGAGGACGAGGACCCGGCGAGCCCGGACUGUGAGCGCGAAGAGGGCGGGCGGCGCGCAGGGACCCCGAGCGCACGCAGGGUGCACCUGGCUGUGCUGCCGGAGCGCUACGACUCCCUGGAGGAGCCCGCGCCAGGCGACAAGCCCAAGAAGAGGUACCGGCGAAAACUGAAGAAGUACGGCAAGAAUUUUGGGAAGGCCAUCAGCAAAGGAUGCCGGUACAUCGUCAUUGGCCUGCAAGGAUUUGCCGCAGCGUACUCUGCCCCAUUUGGAGUGGCCACCAGCGUGGUGUCCUUCGUGCGCUAACCAGAGCUGCAGGGGCAGGUGACACCAGAAUGCUUCUGCCCAGGGGACAGUGUGAAUCCACCACCACUUCAGACUCGGACUCAUUGGAAUUCAGAAGAGGAACCCUGCUUCAUGUGCUAUUGUUGAACUGGUUGACUAUGAGGCAGGAGCCGUCCCUGCUCAUCCGCUGAGCCAGUCAUGGACUUGGGUGGAUCCAGGAGUCAUUUCUGCAGAGACCUGGGCCAAGGUCAGGUUGGGGUUAGGAUUAGUUUGCUUCCUGUGCUAGUUAGAGCCUUCCGGGGAUACACGCAGGCAGGCCCAUGGCAGGUCUGGGGUCUGAGUCAUGCGGAUAAUGGGUGAAUUUGAGGGAGGAGGACACAGACCUCUGAUGAUGGUUGCUAGUUUCUGAAAAGGUUGGGGUGCUGACGGCAUUAGCCUUGACAUUCCUUGAGAGCUGUUUGUUUCGGAAGUCUAUCUCCCCCAUCUCUUUUCUCCACUCGCACUGUCAUCUGGGAGUUUAAUUACCGGUUUGGGAAGAAAGAAGGAAGGAAACCAUCUUUAAAGACCAUGAUGCUUUGUAAUGCCUGUUCGCAGCUGUGUGGGGACAAUUGAAAGAAGAUCAAAGUGUAUCAUUUUCACCCACCUACAUAAGCAUGCAGCUGACAAGGAGGGAGGGAGGUCAGGGUCAGAAGCAGGCUGGGAGGCUGCAACAGGUGCUUUUGGAAGGGCUGGGCCAGCUCUUGUGUUCUGAGCUGUCAGGACUCCUGCAGAUGUGGCUCACCACACCAGUUCACUGCAACAGGUGCCCAAGUCCCCCAUUUGAUUUAGGAGAGGGAGAGAGAGAGAGAGAGAGAGAGAGAGAGAGAGAGAGAGAGAGAGAGAGACUCUGAAUGGGAACUGAAAUGUCUAUUUAGAGGAGGAACCCGUAAGUAAGAGGCAGACAUGAAGAAAGACCAAGAACAACAUUGGAAAAGCAAUGAAGGCUGGGAGUUAGGCAUGUAUGCCUGCCAUGGGGAUUUUCUUGGGAGGGCUGGGCUGGUUGUGUGCAGGACCAGAGGAAGCUGGGGGUGGGGGGGGACCAGGGUCACCACAGUGGUUGGGUUCAUGCCUCUUAGGCCUGCAUCUCACUUGGAUUCAAAGUCCAGUGUAGGCAAGAGUCCCAGGCUUGGCACACACCGGGGAUGGUUUGUUGACUACCACAGGAUGCUGGGAGAAGUGGAGAAGAAACCCUUAAAGUUGUACUGGUGUAUGUCAAAACUGUUUUUAAAGUACCUCACAGAGAAGUUCUUCUCGCCAUGACUGUUGGCCAACCCCAACAGCAGGCCAGGAUUCCAACAUUGCUUCUUGAAUAUUCCAGAUCCAGAGGUGUUGGGACCACUCUGCAGGAUCUGGGUCAGCCUAUUGGCCUGAGGCUUCCUGGGGCACACAAAGAAAGCCAUGGUAUUCAUACCUCACCCAUGGAGUCCAACACUGGUGGGCGGGUAGGGUGGUAAGAUGGACAGAGGGACAGGCACAGAAGACAGUGGCAUUUAGUUGCCCAUUUAGACCCAGCCCUGCUGAAUAUGUCCAAGCCCUAGAGCUGGGAAAUAUUCUUGCUUUAACCCCAGUAGCACUAGCUACUACAUGCAUGGAUUCACACCCGUGACAGAGUGAUGCUUGUUGGAUAGACCUAGGAUGGAAUAGGAGAGGUAGAUAGGAGAAAGGGCCACAUGCAGUUAGUUGGAAAGAGACAGAAAUGGGAGGCUUUGCAGGAUGCCUCCCCUGCCACCUGAUCCCAUGAACCCCAGGGAACCCACAGCAGAGCCCCAAGGAGCCAACAACAUCCUGCCUGUAGGGAGAAGUGUGGCCCAGGGAAGGGAUGAACAGUCAGUGUUGCUUCCUCCCCACCUCCCAAAUUGUAAAAGCAACAAAGCAAAGCUCAUCUGGCCCAGUGUCUCUCCAAGUCUGGCUAAGAAUUAACUCAAAGCGUCCAAAGUCAAAAGCUCCCAGGGGUUGUCCUGGGACUCCCCGGGGUUUGCUGCAAGGUGGACUUCAGCCCCUGGAGCAUUCAUUCUGUGUGGUCACAUCGCCGCCUGUGUGGGACUCUUGGUUCUGUGAGCUUGGUUCUUCCAGCCUGCAAACUUGGUUCCUGCUGCCGACUGCUUUUCUUUGUGUUCCCUGGUUAUUCUCCUGUGUCCAGCAGCAGGGCCCACACCCCACUGCAACCGAGUUUAAGAGCUUAGCGUUCCCACUACUGGCUUCCAAACCCUUCCUCUGUAUCCCUCCCUUGCCUUUGCUGUAAAUAAAAGUCCCAGCUCAUCUGGUU